AUGUUUGAUUCAUUGACAGGCUUGAAGUCUUCUUCAUCACCAAUGAAUCUUGUACCAAAAUUCGAAACCCAAGAAUCCGACAUUUCUGCUUUCUCAUCUUAUGAUGAUCAAUCAAUCUAUGACGAUUUGCCGACGACAUUUGAAGAAUUCGUGAACUUAUUGGAUCAACUCCAAUCACAGCUUGACUCUCCAACCGCUUCUCCUAUUCAAGACAACGAUUUCAAUCUAGAGAAUCAACAAAAUGAUUGCGCUUUUUCUUCUUCUCCAAACUCAUCUGAAGAUGGUUCGUUCAUUUUUCCGGCUAAAAUCAGAAGGAGUUCAUCAUCAGCAUCAAGUAGGAAAUCAAGAGAUACCGAGCCUUGCGGAGUCUGUGGAGAUGGAGCCUAUCACAUCCAUUAUGGAGUGCUCACUUGUGAAGGAUGUAAAGGAUUUUUCAAGAGAACGGUUCAGCGAGGAAACACCGAUUUUACUUGCAAGAAAAAGGGCUGCUGUGACAUUUCAUUUCUAACUCGUUCCCUUUGUCGGCCUUGUCGAUGGAAGAAAUGUCUAGACAUUGGAAUGAGUCCGAAUGUGGUUCGAAGUGGUCACCUCGCUGGACGUCGGGGAAAGUUGCCGCGAAGAAGGAGCUACUUG